UUAAUUAAUAAACUAUGAGAGUUUAAUAGUUUCAUAGUUUAGGGUUUGUUCGGUUUGUUUUUGGCUACUUUUUUCUGAUGUGUGGAGACAAACGUAAUUUUCACCUAAACGUAUUCCUUCUUUUAUUCUCUGUUUCUGGUUCUUCUCAGGUUCUGAUAUGCCUAAAUGAACUGAUUAGUAUCCAAGCUCAAAUAAUGAUGGAUUUUACAUCUUCAGAAGUGAUGUGCGAGGUUGCCAAUUUAACAAAGGAAUUUACUUUUAGUCAUUCUUGUUCGUUUUAGUUAACCUCACUUGUAACAGGAAUUCAUUCAUAAUAGACCACGUAUGGAAACAUCCCAAUAUAUGUAUGUAUUUAGUUAACAAGAAUGUGCUCAGACAAAGACUCUUACUGUGAAGUUCUGGUUGCAUUGGUAAGGUUGCUAUCCAAUUUGAGCGCGAUUGCGACCAUCGAUAUCAAGGUUUUGAAGCAAAGAUCGUUUAAGGGAGGGGCUAAGUUAGGGCACUACAUUUCAUACAGCCUCAUUUAUGAAAGCUAAUGCAUUGAAGUGAAAGUGAGCGCCCCCCAUCUUUCGGACUGUGUGCACUUCCGCCCGAUCCUCUGGACACGGAACCACAGCUCGCUUUUCCCUCCACACGACCUUUCAGAUCCCUCCUCACAUCCAUCUAUCUCUCUAUCCUUUAUAGCGACCCAACGACACUUUUAAGAGCCACUCGUCUGUCUGUCUAUCCAUACAUCCGUUUAUAAUCUGAUUAUAGAUAAUCAAUUUGUCUAUCUACCUAUCUGUUUGUCUAUCUAUAUAUCUAUCUGUCUAUCUCUCUAUCUACUUACCUACCUACCUCUCUGUCGUUCUACCUUUUUGGCUUUCUUUCUGGCUGUUCAUCUGUCUGUCUGGCUGACUGGAUACCAUGCCAGGUUCAACCCAAAAGACCUGCCAGUCAUGCAAGGCACAAAUAAAUGUUGGCUGUAAACACUGCAAGCUGUGUGGGGCUUCUCAGCCCCAGAAAGUGAAAUUGCAGCAGGCCAAAGACAAAGCAUCAAAGGAAUGGGCCCAAAAAAUGUUGAAUGGAAGAAACACCUCAAAGCUGAUAAAUUCCACCAAUCUUCUACUCCACAAGUUUCACAUGUUGGGUUAUUACCCCCUUCUUCUUCUUGGGAGGAGGAAGACGAGGCAGGCCACAAAUUUUAGGGCAGAUGUUUUUUAUCCUCAGCAGUUUUCUUCAGAAAUGGAGAGGACAUCAAUUUCUACAAUUCGUUUGCUGUAUGAAGGUCUUCUAAAAGUGGCUCUUAAUCCAGAAGCCAACCCCAACUCUUCAAAUGCUCCUGAGACCAACACCAGCUCUGCCCAUACUCCUGAGACCAACACCAGCUUUUCACAUGCUCCUGAGACCAACUUCAGCUGUUCAGAUGGUCCUACAGAGAACCCCAGCUCUUCAGUUGCUCCCCUUCAUACUGAACCUACAUACACCUUAAUUCUUACUCCUGUUACAUCUGAAAAGGAAAAUUCCACAGUGGUUCUUAAUCUGGAAGUCAACCCCAGCUCUUCAGAUGAUCCUGAGACCAGCCCCAUCUGUUCAGAUGCUCCUGAGACCAGCCCCUUCUCUUCAGAUGGUCCUGAGGCUAGCCCCAGCUUUUCAGCUCCUCCUGAGCCCCGCAGCAGCUCUUUAGAUGAACUCAAUCCAAUUCUCUCCCCUGUUACAUCUGGAAAUGGGAAUUCCACAGACAAGUACCCCUGCAAGAAAAGAACACAAGAAGUAACACCAAAUGUGUCCAGCUCGACAUUUAAUCGUACUUUUCCCUGCAAGAAAAGAAGAAUAAAGAUCAACCCAAGUGAAUGCCCUGUCCACACUAUGGCUGACACCUACCCAGUCCAAAAAAUUUUAUCACAGAGGGUAUCAAAAGAGGGCACAAAAGAGGUCAAAGUCCGUUGGCAGCAGUGUUCUGGGUGUGGCAUCAAGUGGAAAGACACAUGGGAGCCUUUCAACGAGAUAUUCCCGUAGUAAUGAUUUGAAAUAAUACUCUAAAUUAUUCAUUUUGGAAUUUUGAUGUUUAGCAUAACUAUUUCUAGGUGAUGUGUUAUUUAUUCAUCAUUACCCUUGUCAUUCAUAAGGUUAUUAUUGUUCAAUAAAGAUAUUGUGCAACAUCUUA